UUACAUUUUCUUAUCUGAAACUGAAAGUCGAUAAUGAAACUACACACUCCCCGAGGACUCAGUUCUCUCCCACACUUGAAUUUACAAUUUUACCCUUCUCCUCAUUAUUCAUGCACACAGCCUGAAUGUAAAUUCCGGCUACACUCGGACGGUGAUUUUAAAUUCAUUUUGCCGACAAAACACCGCCGGAUCAUAAACUCCGAUGAUGUCAGCUCACUUGCGGCGAAGAAAACGAGGAAACACCGGCGGAAUUUCAUCUCCGCCGGUCAGAUUAGUGAUUCCGAUGAUGUUUCUGGUCAUAACCGCCGGAGAGAUUCAAUUGCGAGACGGAGAGACGUGAUUGUAGCGCCGUUGAUUGCGAUUGGAGCUAGUGUUUUGAAAUCGGCCGUCGCGAGAGCUGACGAGAAGUCGCCGGAGAGUAUUGCGACGGUGAAGAGUGCGGCGGAGACUCCGGCGGUGGUUUCUGUGGAGAAGAAGAAGGAGGAGGUGAUAAAUUCGAGGAUUUACGAUGCAUCAGCGAUUGGAGAGCCGAUGGCGUUGGGCAAAGAUAAGACGAAGGUUUGGGAUAAGUUAAUGAAUGCGAGAAUUGUGUAUUUAGGUGAAGCGGAGCAAGUUCCGAUACGUGAUGAUAAGGAUUUGGAGCUGGAGAUUGUGAAGACUUUGAGGAAGAAGUGUUUGGAGGCGGAGAGGUCGAUUUCAUUGGCUCUUGAGGCGUUUCCGUGUAAUUUGCAGGAGCAAUUGGAUAAGUUUGUUGUCGGAAGGAUUACAGGAGAAACCUUAAAGUCUUUUGUACCGCAUUGGCCACCUCAACGCUGGCAGGAAUAUGAGCCUCUUCUAAAUUACGCCCGUGACAAUCAAGUGGGCCUUGUUGCUUGUGGCACACCAAUUGAGGUUCUGAGGACUGUUCAAGCUGAAGGUAUUCGUGGGCUGUCAAAGGCUGACCGCAAAAAAUAUGCCCCUCCAGCAGGUUCAGGAUUUAGCUCUGGCUUUGCCUCCAUCUCACGUCGUUCGUCUAUGGAUAUAAAUUCUUUUAAUACAACUGGUACUUUUGGGCCAAGCUCAUAUCUAUCUGCACAAGCCAAAGUUAUCGAGGAUUAUACCAUGUCUCAAAAUAUAUUGCAAGCAGUUGCUGCUGGGGGAACUGCUGGUAUGCUAGUAGUGGUGACAGGCGCAAAUCAUGUUAUCUAUGGAUCAAGAGGAUCUGGGCUGCCUGCAAGAAUUUCAAAGAAGAUGCAGAAGAAUAAGCAAGUUGUUAUACUACUUGAUCCUGAGAGACAGUAUAUUCGGAGGGAGGGAGAAGUUCCUGUAGCUGAUUUUUUGUGGUAUUCUGCUGCCAGACCCUGCAGUAGAAAUUGUUUUGACCGUGCUGAAAUCGCUCGAGUGAUGAAUGCAGCUGGCAUGAGGCGAGAUGCCUUACCCCAGGAUCUUCAGAGAGGACUUGAUCUUGGGCUUGUAUCUCCAGAAGUGCUGCAGAAUUUUUUUGAUCUGGAGCAAUAUCCUAUGAUUUCUGAACUUACUCAUCGAUUUCAGGGCUUCAGAGAAAGAUUGUUGGCAGAUCCCAAGUUCUUGACUAGACUUGCCAUAGAAGAAUCUAUAUCAAUAACAACCACACUCUUAGCACAGUAUGGAAAGCGUAAAGAAAAUUUCUUUGAAGAAAUUGAUUAUGUUAUUACUGACACUACCAGGGGAAUUGUGGUUGAUUUCUUCACCGUAUGGCUUCCUGCCCCUACAUUAUCGUUCCUUUCAUAUGCGGAUGAAACUAAUGUACCUGAUAGCAUGGAAGCACUGAAGGGCCUUCUUGGAUCCAUUCCUGAUAAUGCAUUUCAAAAAAGUCUUGCUGGGCAGGAUUGGAAUUUGAGUCAUAGAGUUGCUUCUGUCAUCAUUGGUGGCUUGAAGCUUGGCGGUGUUGGUGUUAUAUCUAGCAUCGGAGCUGUGGCUGCCUCUAAUAUCUUGUAUACAGUGCGCAAGUUUCUCAAUCCGGCUCUUGCCAACAUUCAAAUGAACAAAAGAUCACCUAUCUUUAAAUCAGCAGCAGUGUAUGCAGCCUUCCUCGGAACAUCAGCUAAUCUCCGGUAUCAGGUUAUUGCCGGAAUAGUGGAACAUAGAAUUUCGGAUCAAUUUUCUGAUCAAGCAUUGCUUGUAAAUAUGCUAUCUUUUGUUACUCGAACUAUCAACUCCUACUGGGGAACCCAGCAAUGGAUUGAUCUUGCCAGGGCUACUGGAUUGCAAGCCAAAAAGAGUCAGCCAGCCUCUGAUGAAGCUGUAAAUACUGCUAACAUCGCUGCACUGGGUUGCAACACUCCCGAAGAUUCAAAUAUCGAAGAUAUCAACAGCACUGAGAUGUGAGAACUCAACCCUAUUUUCCAAAUCUGUUAUAUGCAGGAGGGCUCCAUAUGAUGAAAUAUUUAUUUAUAUGUAAGCCUUACUCUCUUUCAACUAAAUCAUACUGUAAUUCUUCAAAGUUUUAGUUAGAUACGAAAUAGGAUUAGACUAAGCUGCUGAGGAUAGAGAGUUAUGUUUUUUUUCAGAGUUGCUCUGUUACCGGCAAUGAUUACAUAGAACUCACACGCGGGAGAUUUAAACAGCUUUUUCUAUAUGUUGAAGUUAACCACUUGUUUCUGUC